UCCCGCUUCCGUGCUCACGCCACUGCCAAACCAAUUGCGCCACACAACUGCACUAUUUCCUCCUGCUCUUUGAUUCUUCGUCUGUCAAGUCUCGCCUCGCGCUCUCGUCCCAAUCGGCGGGUGCACUGCACCUCUCUGCUCUUCUUGGUUCCCGUCAAGCUGCUGCUUUUGCUGCACCGCUGCCUCGGCUCUCAUCUACGCUUCGCGUGGUUCAUGUGGCGUCGUUCCGUCCUCCGUUUACGGUGACUCCUCCCGCUUCUUGUCCGCGUCGCGAUUCCUCUCACACGCUUGCUUUCCCUCAUCAAACCAUCUGCCUGUGUCAAGCUCAACCAAAGUUUCGUCUCCACCGCCUCGCCUGGCAUACUCCCUCCGCCUGGGAGGCUUCCGCUCGUCGAUCUUGCCAGAAUUUUUUCCAUACCUCCGAGAGUCUCAGGCGACGAGAGCCGGCGAGGGCUGAAUCUCACGCGCUCUUCCUUAUCGAUCGAGGUCGACGCAGGUCGACGAGGGUCUACGAGGGCUGAAUCUAACGCGCUCAGCUGUGCCUACGCUUGGAUACCCCCUUAUCCGACACCGCGGGGUCGUUUCUUCCAGAAACAUAUGCUGGAUCACAAAAAGGCCGGAACGCCAAGUCUCGGAUCCGGAGGUGAAAGAGAGAAGGGAGUUAGUAGCUCUUUCUUCCACGUCCCACUCUCCGCGGCCUGCCUCCUGUCUUGUGUCCUUUCUAUUUGAAAGCCCUUCUCUCCGGAAUUCAAGCCUGCCAGAAUUCACCAUCUCUGCUACACGUGAGUUCUAGUCUCGUGCUCGCCGAAACGCCGUCAACCUUCCGUCCUACGCCAGCCUACCAGCACCGCUAUCAGGCAUCUCUCGGCAACUGCGAGUCGCCUGAUCUUACAUCGAACUAGAUUCACCGCCUCGAUCGCGCGCUUCCUCUCACCAUUUUGAGCCGCCAUGGAUUCUGUUUCCGCGCUGAGAUGUGUCCAGCCGUCGGCUGCCUCCGCCAUCGCCGCCGCCGCCGCCAAUUCGAUCCGUAACGCAGCGACCAACUACAGCGGCGGCCCCGUGAACAAUUCGUCCUCGCUAUCAACAAGUGUUUCGGGAAGAUCAACAACCGCCGGUGCUGCCGCGUCGUUACACUCGUCUCACCAUGUCGUGCCGUUGUCGUCCAAGAUUCGCCAACUCCCCCUUGCGCGACCAUUGCCAGCAUCUCGCACCCGCCGUCACGGCUGUCGCAAACCGUUGCACGGCGGCGAUAACGACACCCGGGGCGAUCGCCUGAGUUUCGCCGUGAGCGCCAGCAGUCGCCGGAGCAGGGGGUGGGACGACCCUAACGAAGGCGCGAGGAAGAGCGACGAGGUUCAGCGCAUGCUGGUGGAUAUAGUGCGACUUCAGAUGGGCGAGGUGCGCAUGAACUCGCUGGUGGAGGAGCGCUCGGCGCGCUUGAGGAGCAUCGCGCGCGACAGCCACGAGCAGCUGGACCGCAUCGCGGACCGCACGAUGAAAGGCGUGGACGACCUGAGCGAUAGGGUGCUACGUCAGCUGGACGCGGGGGCGUACGCCAUCGAGAGAGAUUUGGAGAAAGCACGCCUAGAGAUGGAGGCCCAGCAGAAGGAUUUCGAGGAGUUUGAGCGCCGAGUGUUCACCUCGCGCAACGAGGGCCUCUUCUUCAAAACCCUUUACUCCCCCUCCUCCACCUCCUCCUCUCUCUCCUCCCGCCGCCGCCGCUCCCUCCGCCCCUCCUCCUCCGCUUCUCCGUCGGCCCCUGCGUUUCGCCAGUCCCGUGCUGCAAAAUCCCGAACGGCUGCAGCGGCUACUGCCAUGUCUGCCACUGCUGCUGAGGCCGCUCUGCUGGAUGGUGGCGGUGCCGCUGCUGCGGGCUUGAAUAGGAACAGCAGCAGCAGUGGCCUGCUAGGCCUCCGCUCAGAUGGUGCCAGCGUCGACGAGGAAAGUGGAGGGGGGAUGUGGGAUGCUGAGGCGGAUGGCGAGUGGCGUAUGGGUUAUGAGCAGCUGGAGCGGGAGCAGCAGGAGAUGAAGCAGGGUGCUUCCAUGUACAGGCGUAUCCUUCAUGCCGGCAUGUCGCUCGUGCUCGUGUCCUUCCUCUGGAGCUCCACUACUGCAUUCAUAACUGGCCACACAAUGCGGUUCUCCAAGGUCUCGGCAUAUACUGCUAUCCUCUCAGUCAUGCUGUUGCAACUCAAGUUCGAAAAGGCGAUUCUUGGGGAGUAUGGUAGUGAAAGUGAUGAGGAGGAUGGAGAGGGGGGAGCGAUAGAGGAUAAUGCGACGCCUAUAUCGGCUCCACCAGUGAAGGACUCUUACUGAUGCUGAACUGGUGGUGGAGGGUGGUAUUCUUCGCUCACUGUGUACAGUCUGUUGUUGCUAGUAUAUCACAGGGGAUUGUUGGGGAGCUCGCUUUAGUGUUCAUGCGUGUUGUUUUGGUUGUGUUGAUGUUGGAGUAGUCUCCUCGUCCGCGGACUCUAAAUGAUUGGGUUUCGUGCAUAUAAUUGAGGCCUAAAUGAGAACACGUAUGCAUUACCUUGUACCGAUUAUCUUUUGGG